GAACUUGUACUGUGAGUACCACGCGGCAUGAGUACAGUAGUGGAUCGCAGUUUCUUGGAUCUUUUCUGGGCCAUAUCUGGCGAGGACAAAAUAAAGAGCAGUAAAGCCUGUGAUACCCUCUUGUCCAGAAUCAAAUACAAGCAAAAACUUUGUGAACCCGAAUAUUUGGAUUACACAAGAGAGCGUUUGGUAAAGGGGUUAAAAUCGUUUUCUCCCUUUGCACGUGACGGUUACUAUAAAACACUUGUCCGCUUACUGGAAUAUUUUCCGGAGUCGACCACGACUCUACAGCUCCUAGAAAUUCUUCAGAAACACAUUUAUACCACAUCUGCGUCAUGUAAAACCGAGGAGGCAUCGCUGAAACACGCAUAUCUUCUUUCCCCCCGGCUUCUAUGUGAAAGUGGUCGGAUUCGUGAGCUCGACAUCGGCUCACUUGUUCGUAUUACUCAGUUCGUAUUCCCUCUUUUUGAGCUGCAUGGUUGGAGGUCACAAGUGCUCUCUGUAUGCUGUCUAAUGGUUUCCGAUCUCUCACCCAAGUCGAUUAGAAAAGUUUUCGGUGCUUUCGUUGAACGAGUGAAAGAUUCGUUUUUCGCCUGUGAUUCCGAAAAUACAAGUGAGGAAUUGUUGUUCCUUAUAAGCACUCAGAAACAUGUCAAAAUUGCCGGAGAUCGCCAAAUUAACUUAACUUCAACGCACAUCAGAAGAAAGAUUGUUACAGCUAUAUCCCACUCCUCAUCGGAAUCGGUCUUACGCCUAAUGGAUCGAGCUGUGGAAGAAAAUGCCUUCCAAAAACUUUGGCCAAGAAUUCUAAGGAAGUUAAACACAUCGAAAACAAAACAGAAAUCCUAUCGCCUCCUUCUUCAACUGACGUCUCACAUGAUUUCUUCUCACGGAGAUGAUCUCACACGCUUUGUUUUGUCCGAGACAGUGGUUCGUUUCAUCAUGUUCCAACUGUCCAGUCCACAUCUGGCCUGCUUCUCUGAUGCUGACUCGGCGAUGAAACAGUGUCUAAAGGAUGUUGUCCAAAGCUGGAAUUUACAAAUCAGGAAUAAGAGUUCCGGGGAAGAGAAACGAAGAACCAUCACUCCAGCCUCACCUGAAACUGUAUUUUCUUGUUUCACUGCCGGUUACCCGCUCUGUGAUUUGUUAUGUGCUUCCGGAGCACUGAAACCUUGCAGGUUUCUACUCGAGCGCGCUUCCCGGGGGUUGAGCGCACCUGCACUGACUUCCUACGCCAGAAAAUUAAUGAAUGCGUUUCACCGACCAAUCUCAUUGACCCCUGAAACCGAUGAAAGAACUAUCAGGUUGCCCAAACCGCACGUCCUCCGUCGUUUGAUCGCGUCGCAACUACUGGCCGUGUUGAAUUGUGCAUUCGAUCAAACUUCCAGUGAUCCCCAUUCGGAGCUAGUCAAUUCGAUCCUUAAAUUUUACCUCACGAUGGGGUUGGCAGGUUCUUUGAUCCCGCUUGAAAGCCGUAAAAUUGAACCUGAAAUAUCCCCCGACGACUCCAGAGCCUGCUAUCUUGCUUUGUUUCGGUUUUUGUCGAAGUGUUCCGAUGCAACACACUAUUCAGAGCAUUCUCCCCGGAGAAACCUUUCUCAGCUAUUGCAGUAUGUCCUCUCCAUUGUGAAUCGUAAGUUGGACCCACCCCCCGAAGAAGGUCACCAAAUUACCCUCUACCUUCCAUAUGUCCAGAAGUCGUUGUCUCUUCUACAAGAUCGCGGGUCACAUAACGAUUUUGGAUGUCAUUUGGCCAACUUGCACGCCGCCGGCUGCCUAUUCAGUUUUGCCCAGGGAAAUUCAGAUUCGUCUUCAAUAAUGGGACUCUUGGAUGAUUUAUCCGAAGCUUUGGAGAAGAGUCGCACCCAAAAACCGUCCGAUUCACCUGAUGGGCCUCCAUGGACUGCUGUUCUGUCUGACGUUAUACUUGGAUUUAUGGCCCUCGCUUCCAACUUACUCCGUUCUUGUGCUCGCGCCGCCUUCGAACAAAUGAUUAUUGUUGGUGCCGUGGAUCCUGUUUCCUUAAAUCUCAUUCUCGAUGUCAUGAGAACGAGGUUGGAAGAACCCGUUGAUUUGACACAUGAAUCGGAAAUCACCGAGGAUAAGCUGAUAACGUUCGAUGCGGAUCCGUUGGACGAUUCGGAGCCUGAUGGAGAUAACAAUCAACACAGCGCCGACGAGACUGAGUCUGACGAAGAUACCUUGGAGAUUAAACAAGCUCCUGCGUCGGAUGCCUCUUCCGAAGAGGAGUUCGGAUCACCCCACCAAACGAUGGACGACGCCGAAAUGUUCGCCAACGACGAGGCUUUGGCUGCUGCCUUUCGAGCGAAUAGAAUCGUCAUGCCCAAACGUAUGGCAGCUGAACGCGCUCGCGCUCUGUGCGAAACGAAGAUGCGUUGUCUCGAUCUAUUGGAAUGUGUCAUUCAACACACGUCACAGCCUAAUUUACUCGUGCCCGCUCUGGUUCAGUUGAUUAAGUUGGGAUCUAAGGCCCUGAAAGGUAAAAGGGUGUCAAAUUCGGAUUCAAAAAAGCAUGAAAAAGCCAGUCUCGUGGCUCGGUGGGGCGACCUUCCACCAUUCGAGUGCAUAGUAAACGCCAUCUGCCGCGUACGUACUCGGACACCAUCGGCUCGGCAGGCAUUGCUCAAGGCAUUGACAGAAUCCUCAGAAACGUCGGAUCAGCUGCUCAGUAUCCUGGACGCAGCGCUUUCCAUCGCCGCAGUUGCGCACCCCCCACCGCAAUUGGUUACAAUGCUGACAGCCAUCACACAGUUUCUGUUUCAAUUAGCCGAUUCAGUUGCAACGGCUCAUCCAGAUCUGAGUGAAACGCUGUUGCAACCUUUGGUGCGGGAAUUUUCCGUUUUUAUCUCGUCAGCUCGUAAAUGCAAGACUCAUAGGACUGUCCUCCUUUCAUUGUUGAAAAGCUGUCCGAGUUUUUCGAACUACAUUGCACCCUUAUUGGCGAAAUCCUUCCUCCAAAUCAUGGAGCCCAAUUCGCGAGACGACGCAAAGCUCAACGGCAGUAGCUCAACAAAAAGCGCCAUUCACUACACCUAUAUCCAACGCUGUGAAUCCGUGGCGGCAAUAUGUGGUACCUUAGUCAAAGGCGACACCUCAUCAGGAGCACUAAUCCGCUUCCAUGACGAACUGUUGUUUGAAGUGCUAACCAAAUUAAACAAUACCAGCUUAGAAAAUCCAGGCUCUAUCGAAUGGCUGAACUCAGUUGCUUUGACGACCGCCUUUCUCACAGCAAUUACUCAGUUGGUUAAAGCCGCUAAAAAAAUUGGAUCUGUGCCGGUCAUUGAUCCUUCAGUUCCGCAGAAUUUGUGUCAGCUGCCCUUGCCCAAACCGAUCCGGAGAGUACUAAGGAAGUUCGCCAACUUUCUGCUUACAACAAUGCACGAAACAGGGCAGAACACUGGAUUGUCGAAGGCGGAAAGAAAACGUCGGAAGAAAGAAGCCUGUCGAGAUAAGCGCAUUAAGGCGGAGGACACAGAAGCCGCAGAGAGAUUGAAGACAACGAGCAACGGAACCGUGAAUUCAACAGUAAAUAAUGUAGUGAGCGUGCCUCAUAGGAAGAAGACCGGAACAAAGAAGACGAAAAAGAAACCGAAGGGGACUUCAAGAGUCGAAAGCAAGAAACGCCAGUUCGUAGCGAAAAAAGAGAACGAGGACGAAACAUGCGCACCUAGUUCAAAGAAAAGAAAAAUUAAUCCUGGAUCAAAUUGAUGGUUCAGAUGACAGGUCUCUGUAUAAAUGUACCCUACGAGUCAUUG